AGAGAGCAGCGAGCCGAGCCGAACCAACCGGACCGGAGCGCCGGAGCAAAGAAAGAGAGGGACAGAGGGACGCUUGUGUUUUGGGUCUUGGCAAAGGUUUUUCAGAGUUUUAUUUAAAAAUGGCCAGUACUCAAAUUAAGGGCAGUGGCUGGCCACGCAGAGCAAGUCAAACUUCGCCUUUCGAUCAAAAGUUUGUGAACUCUACAAACAGUGCGAUAAACAGGACAAUCAAUUUAUAUCCACUCACUAACUACACAUUUGGCACAAAGGAGCCUCUGUUUGAGAAAGAUCCUUCAGUUCCUGCGAGAUUCCAAAGGAUGAGAGAGGAGUUUGAUAAAAUUGGAAUGAGACGAAGUGUUGAAGGAGUUUUACUCGUUCAUGAACAUGGUCUCCCCCAUGUACUCCUCCUUCAGUUGGGAACAACAUUCUUUAAGCUACCCGGUGGAGAGCUAAAUGCAGGUGAAGAUGAAGUCGAUGGACUUAAACGACUUUUAACUGAGACACUUGGUCGGCAGGACGGUGUAAAGCAAGAGUGGGUGAUCGAGGACACAAUAGGCAACUGGUGGCGCCCCAACUUUGAGCCUCCUCAGUAUCCGUACGUGCCUCCACACAUCACGAAGCCCAAAGAGCACAAGCGACUUUUCCUUGUCCAGUUGGCUGAAAAGGCUCUUUUUGCAGUUCCUAAAAACUACAAGCUAGUUGCUGCUCCCUUAUUUGAACUGUAUGACAAUGCUCAAGGGUAUGGCCCUAUUAUUUCUUCAUUACCUCAAGCCCUCUGCAGGUUCAACUUUGUAUAUUUGUGAGGGUUAAUUCAUGCUUCGCCUGCAAAAAGGCGGAGUUGUGAUUCUUUGAAGCUGGAAGUGACGAGAAAUAAUAUUUUAGCAGCUGAUCAUCCAAUUGUGGACUCUUUAGAUGAGACUUCUGUCUCAUUGGCAAGUGAAGAGAGUGAUAGUCAGGAUGAGAAAGAGUUACCGGUUUAAAUUUAAAACUUGUGUGAAUUUGGUGUCACCUUUCUGUAUGUUUGGAUGUAAAUCUUUUUUAUAUUUUUAGAUUAAAGAGUAGAGUUCUUUUAGUGUAUUAGAUCUGGAAAAAAGGUAUGACUGCUAAAAGAAGUGUAUUAUUUUUUCCCUCUUUAAACAUAUUAUUUAGCUUUGAAUUUUGAGCACUUACCUACCUUAUUCUCACAGGGAACUUUUGUUUGGCAUAAGUGACCUGAAUGCUCAUUAAGUUUGUCAGCUAUCAGACUUGAAGUGAAAAAUGUAUGGGAAUACACAUGUUUUCCUAAAUGAUCUCCCUCUGUGGUCAGUUUCUUUUAAUUCUAUUGUAGGGUGUUCUACAAUAAUUUUUUUCUGUUACUGUGAUUCCUUAUCACUUUGUAAUGCUAUGUUAAAGGAUUGUGUCAUAUACAUAUUAUGUUUUCUAUUUCUGACUGCUUGAGUUGUCUCUGAAUGAAUUGUCUGGUAUAGUCUCUCCUGUGUCAGGAAGAUGAUGUUAAUUAAUGACCCAUUAUAGCGUUUCAAUGAAGUUUAGGCCACCUGCUGCCAUGUAACAAUCAGAUUUUAUCACCACUUUGCUUCAGUUAAAGUCUUUUUGUCUUGUAAUGUUUAAAGUGUAAUUAAUUUUUGACCAAUCAUUCAGCAUGACUGUAAAAUGAAAAGCUGAUGAUGAGCGAUAUUGAAAGGAAUGAAAUAAGCUUUGAUACCUGUCACAUAAAAGCAAUAGAUUAAGUCGACGAUGUUCCAGUUGGGUGUCUUCUGACUCGGUCCGAAAUUCCUGUCAGGCCAGUAACAAACAUUACAUUUUUAUGACAAAAUGGCAUUUUCAUUUCUUUGCAAUAAACCAUAGUAAUAAA